UUGAAAUUACUUUACUGUUUAUCUGCCAUUGCGUUUUAUUACUUCAGGUACAAUAAUUAUACUCAUGAUGAGUUCGCUCGCUGUAAAUGCACACCCCUACCAUACACUGCUGAGGGAGGAAUAUCAGCUCGUGGUGACCUGAACACUCCCGGUGGAACCUACGAGGUGGAAAGCAUGGGUUUCCGCGAUCAUGCCGGUCUUGACUACAAGGGUACCAAUUACGAGAUGUUUUCGAAGCUGCGAUUCCGAGCAUGGGGUGGCCCCACUUACGAUCCACUUCCGGUUUUCGACUGUUUCCAUGAGAAAGCUUAUAAUCUACCUAAUGAAAACCCUGCUUUUAGCUGGGUCGACAAC